AUGGCGCUGACCCUCCUGUGGCAACGCCCUCCUGAGCUGCCCCGCAUCGUGCCCUGUGCCGCCCUGGGGGCUCCAGUUCAGGAAGACCCUAGGAAGCUGUACGUGGCUGCCUGCCCAAGCUUCCUAGGACCAGCAGCCCCACUGAUGGCUCCUGGCGAAAAACGCGCGACGCCGCCACCCCAGAACCUCCCGCGCUGCCCAGCCAAGGUCAACCCUACCAUGUUCUCUGACAUCGCCGUCAACGGUGAGCCCUUGGGCCACGUCUCCUUCGAGCUGUUUGCGGACAAAGUUCCAAAGACAGCAGAAAACUUUCGUGCUCUGAACACUGGGGAGAAAGGCUUUGGUUAUAAAGGUUCCUGCCUUCACAGAAUAAUUCCGGGAUUUAUGCGCCAGGGUGGUGACUUCACACGCCAUAAUGGCACUGGUGGCAAUUCCAUCUACGGGGAGAAAUUUGAUGACGAGAAUUUCCUCCUGAAGCAUACGGGUCCUGGCAUCUUGUCCAUGGCAAAUGCUGGCCCCAACACAAAUGGUUCCCAGUUUUUCAUCUGCACUGCCAAGACUGAGUGGUUGGGUGGCAAGCAUGUGGUCUCUGGCAAGGUGAAAGAGGGCAUGAAUACUGUGGAAGCCAUGGAGCGUUUGGGGUCCAGGAAUGGCAAGACCAGCAAGAAGAUCACCAUUGCUGACUGGGGACAAAUCUAA